AUGAGAUUGAUGUCAGUGUCAACACUGGAGAAGCGGAAUGGCCUCAUGCACGAUGGGUCAAGUAAGUCCAAUAGACUGGAGAGACUGUGUAUGCAAAACGCUGCACAUACAGGCAGAAACUAUCUCUCCUCACUUCGGAGCCCCGGUCGUUCCUUUGGCAGCUCGAUGGAUGCUCAAAACGACUUUCAUCGAGGCGUCGAAAGUAGCGGUAGCCCCCGUGAUGUCCCUAGGACCACGGAGUGCCCAGCAUGGGCUCGUCUCCGUCAACAGAUGACAAACGCCUUCCCUUGCUAUUACGCAAAUCCGAAAGACCCCUUCCGUUCAGAAGUCACUCAUGCCCUCGCUCUUCUCGACGAAUUGAAGCACAACAAGCCAGAUUGUCCCGUCUUCUACGGCAACCCUCUUGAGUUCGCAUCUCAUGUCACCACGACCGCUGCCACCAUCGCGGAGAACACCACCCCCCUCGACACUGUCGUGUCCCAACUCGUUGCUCUUUUCGACAGUAUGAACAACACAGCACAUCCUCACUUUCAGUUCAACGUCAUCCCGCAUCCAAACAAAGCAGCCAUUAUCGCCGCAUUGCUCGCAAACUGUACGUCCCAAAAUUUCAUCGCGGGGCAUAGCGCUUGGAACACGAUCCGCGCCGAGAAAGAAAGCAUCGCAAUGAUCACUCGCUUGAUCGAUGCAUGGGAUCCAGCUCAUUCCGGCGGCAUCUUCACAUAUGGCGGAGCGGGAUGUUAUCUCUACGGCAUCAAAUACGCGCUCAAUUUUGUGAUGAGCAACCGAGACAUCCGCACAAACGGCCUCUACUCCACACGGGUAAACAUUAUCUGCUCUCAGCAGGGACAUUACGCCAGCAAGAUCACUGCAGACUGGCUCGGCCUUGGUACAGAAUCUGUCGUCGAGGUCGCAACCACAGAACCUUACAAUGAGAUGGACAUGGACGAUUUGGAGGCUCGCUUGCAGGCUUGCCAGAGGGACCACAUACCGGUCGUCUCCAUUGUAUGCACAAUGGGAACCACAGACGCUAUGGCAAUUGAUCCUGUUGACAAGGUGGCAGCACUCGUUGAAAAAUACCCUAACCCCCCCGGGUUUAACAAGCCCCUCAUUUAUUGCGAUUCCGUCUCUGGUUGGGCAUUCCUCUCCUUUCGCGGCUACGAUUUUGAAGCCAACCCCCUCCAGUUCUCGCAUGAUGUGAACAACGCUCUCCGUGUCACCUAUGAGAAAAUGUCAACGAUACAGCACGCAGAUGCAAUCGCUAUCGAUUUUCACAAGACAGGCUGGGCCCCGUACACAACCUCUUUGUUCAUGGUCCGCGAUUUCGCGCACUUUGAAAGCACUAUGAGUCGCACAAAGUCUGCCUACAUCCACAAUCGCACUCCAUACAAUCCGGGUUUGUACUCCUUAGAGGUAUCUCGCUCCGCUGCCCCAGCACUUGCAGCAUGGGCUACGCUAAAUUACUUUGGAUUGGCAGGCUUUCGUGUUAUUCUCGGAGGCGUCGUAGAGAUGUCGCGCUAUCUGCGCUCGAUCAUUAAAUCUGAACCAUCGAUCACGUGCUGCAAUGCGGCUGACUGCGGGCUGGUGACUGUGUUUCGCGUUUAUCCGGAGGGCAUCGAUGCGGAACGGCAAUAUGCAAAAGAGAUGUCCGAUGCAAGCGAGAAAACGCGCGCCGAGCUGGACCGCCAUAACGCAUUGCAAAAGGACCUCGCAGACCAAAUCUGGGAAUUUGUGAGAAGCGGGCAAAAAAUUGACGGAUUGUACGCCCCGUGCUGUAACUACUCUUCCGGGUUUCGCAAAACGCAGUAUCCCGAUGGUGACGUCAAAGUCACUCAAAGUGAGAUUUUCGCGUUAAAGUCUUUCCCUAUGAACGUUAAUGUGACAAAGGAACAUAUGGGCCACUUGAUUCAAAUCCUUAAAGUUUUGACCAGGCGGGUGUGCACACGGUGA